CAAACAUAUUAACUAUCAAACAUGGCGGUAAGGAAGUCUCGUUUUAAGAGGUUUCAAACAAGGGAAAUGUCGUUGAAACGCUAGAGAUGAAGUUUUGGAAGCGUAGAAGACGAAGGAAGAUUUUUUUCUUCAGGUGGCCAUUUUGGCGUCGAGUUAUCGUAGCUGGUUCGCUGCUGUCGUUUUUUGCUGUAUUUGGAAUUUAUCUGGCAAACCAUGCAUCUCUACAACACUCUAUAGUGGAACAGCCUACACAACGAAAAUCGCCCUCGGCCAGGAGAAACUUAAUAAUAAUAGCCCACGGCCGUUCGGGUUCUUCAAUCACCGGAGACAUUUUUAAUCACCACCCAGAUGUGUUUUACAUGUACGAACCGCUGCAAACUGUGGAAAGAACCCAGGGAAAAUUUCACUUAAAUUAUGACAGCCUUGUGCAGAAAUUCUUAACUGGUGUAUUACAAUGUAAAUUCACAGAUCAAGUCUUCUUGAAGGACAUUGAAACGUACUACCGCAAACCUCUUCAUCCUCGGAUUAGUCACGCUAUUGCCUCGCCACCUCUUUGUCCUUACAACAUAUCCGACCCGAGAUGGGAUCCACGACUUUGUGCCAAAAUGACAAGCGAAGCAUUUGAAAAUGCAUGCAAAAAUAGCUAUACACUCACUGUGAUUAAGGUUCUUUUAAGCCGCAUGCCGCGCAAAGGCGGAAUAAGAAAGGCUCUAGCUGUUUGCGAUUCACCAGACAUAGACUGUAAAACAGUGCUGUUAGUAAGAGACCCUCGUGCCGUGAUACCUUCUUCACUGAGUGUUAACUUUUACAGAGAGGUACAUGGAGUUGCUAAGCACGGAACAAGAAUGUUUAGCUACAAAAUAUGUAAAGAGACAGAGGAAAGUCUUAAUUUUGUCAAGAAUCUUCCCCCUUGGCAACGAAGCAAAAUCAAAGUGCUGAGGUAUGAAGACUUUGCAAAAAAUCCUUUGGACGAAAUGAAGCGACUGUUCGACUUUGCCGGGCUAUCGGUGUUAGACAGUGUUACAACAUGGUUAAAUGAAAGUACACAUCCGGAUAAACGAAGAUCUGAGAUGGAAAUACGAGGUAGCCUGGUUGCUUUCACUGUGGAUGAUGCAAAAAUUGCCAUGAAUCGCUGGCGAUGGAAAGUCCACCCAUACGAAAUAAAUAUCAUUGAAUAUUAUUGCAGACAUGUGAUGCAGUUGAUGGGAUACAGACCUGUGGAAGGAUCACACGAGCAACAAGCAAACAUUUCAAUCCCUCUAGUAAGUGAUGAUUACGAAGUGAAGGACUGGUAACGAGACAUGAAUCAGGUCAAGUCUGAAUAGCAGUGACCUUAUCGCGCAAAGAGAAAGCGAGUAUUUGCUUCGUCAGUCUUGUCCGUCUCGUCAUCUCACCAUGAUCAGCUUGGUGAGAAAAGCACUCAAUACAACCAAAGGGUAACUUUGACACAAAAGGAAGAAAAAGAUUGAACUUAGAAUAGGAGACACGGUAAUUUUUGAGUUUGGUAAAAAAAUAGAGAGAGAUGUUAUUUCGUCUUAUCGCGAGCGUGAGACAAGAAAAAAUUCUGAGUCCCCAUGAAGAAUCGAACCUCAGACCCUCGGAUUCCCCGUUACAAUUCUCUGACACUGAGCCACAGAGACUCUGUGGCGAGCGAGGUCUAUAACGAAGUUCAUAUUACGACAAAAAUAUA